ACAUAUGCACUUACUAAUUAGUUUUCUUAAGGUACUUUAGAAUAAAUUAAAUAAGUUAUCAAGAAUCAUAUAAUGUCAUAGUAUGUCAUUAUCUUUAACGGAACAAUAUUUUUGUUGAUUUAUUAAUUAUGGGGUGUGUGGAAAGUAAAACAGGAAAAGUUGAUUUAUGUGAUGACGGCACAAUUAAUGCAAAGUAUUUAAGGCGGUCAUUAAGCUCAGAAUAUACCGAACAAUUGAAUAAUGAACUUAAAAAGAAACUAGAAGCUAGAAAUGAUAAUGCUCAGCAUGGGAAUGAUAAUGCAGCAUUUAUAUUUGAACAUGAGGAUGAACAUGUGUAUGAUCUAGCAGAUGGUGAUGAUACUGAAGAGUCAAGCCCAGUACAGAUAGGUUUCAGCUUAGAGACAAUACAUGAAGAGCCUCAUGGCCAUAGUGAUCAAGAAGAGCACAGUACAUCUCAUAAAAGUCCCUAUGAGAUAGACAAAACAAAAAAGUCUGGAAUAGUACAGGACAAAUCUGAAAAUUGUACAUCUAAAGGAAAUUGUGCACGUUACAUCAAACAUAAAGUUGGUCAGACUCUUAGUUCAGUUAACGACUCCAAAAAGAUUAGUACAGAACCUACAAGUGAUUUGCUAGCAAGUAUAAGUCUUCCUUGUAAGCAAGAUAGUGCAUCAACUAAAGUUGAUAUUACCGAGGAUGUCCUUGAUCAGGAUCACACUACAGAGAUGUCAA